CACCUAUGAUGUCCAGGCGUGUUGUUGGUAAGAGCGAUCAGCACAAUAUACGGUUCCGGGGGGAAAAGUCCAGUGACAGAGCACCAUGGCUUCUGACAAAGGGCCUUCCACUGGAGAUGCCACCUUGAGAAGAAGAAUUGAACCCCGGGAGUUUGAAGUCUUCUUUGACCCCAGAGAACUCCGCAAAGAGGCCUGUCUGCUCUAUGAAAUUAAGUGGGGCACAAGCCAUAGGAUCUGGCGAAACUCGGGCAGAAAUACCGCCAACCACGUUGAGCUCAAUUUUAUAGAAAAAUUUACUUCAGAAAGACAUUUUUGCCCCUCCAUCAGCUGUUCCAUCACCUGGUUCCUGUCCUGGAGUCCCUGUUGGGAAUGCUCCAAGGCUAUCAGAGGAUUUUUGAGUCAACACCCUAACGUGACUCUGGUUAUUUAUGUAUCUCGACUCUUCUGGCACCUGGAUCAACAAAACCGGCAAGGACUCAGGGACCUCAUCAACAGUGGUGUGACCGUCCAGAUUAUGAGAGUCCCAGAGUAUGAUCACUGCUGGAGGAAUUUUGUCAACUACCCACCUGGGGAAGAAGAUCACUGGCCCAGAUACCCUGUUGUAUGGAUGAAGCUGUAUGCACUGGAACUGCACUGCAUAAUUCUAAGUCUCCCUCCCUGCUUAAAGAUUUUAAGAAGAUGUCAGAAUCAGCUUACAUUGUUCAGACUUACUCUUCAAAAUUGCCAUUACCAAAUGAUCCCCCCCCAUAUCCUUUUAGCUACAGGAUUGAUACAACUUCCUGUGACUUGGAGAUGAAUGGAAUGAUUCCUUGUGGGCGCCUGGGUGGUUCAGCUGAUUGGGCGUCCAACUUCGGCUCAGGUCAUGAUCUUACGGUCCAUGAGUUCAAGCCCCGCGCGGGGCUCUGUGCUGACAGCUCAGAGCCUGGUACCUGCUUCCGAUUCUGUGUCCCUCUCUCUGCCCCUCUCUGCCUCAUGCUCUGUCUGUCUC